UCCUUAAACCCUGUGUCUAUGUUUUUCCCUCUUAUCCACUCAAUCCAAAAACAAUGUCCCUUCUCUUCUCUCAUGCUUUCCCUCCUUACCUUCCAUCUCUCUCCGGCCACCGGAACGCCUUAGUUCACGCUGCUAUCUCAACCCAAAAGCGGAAGCCAUCAUCCCGAAGGAAAAAACGCCAAACCCAAGACGAUAAAGACGACGGCAAUGCCACCCUAUCUUCCCCAAAUGGCUCUACUGGUGUUUCGGCCCAUGAGAAAUCACUCCGUCUCACCUUCAUGGAAGAGCUUAUGCAAAGAGCCAGGUCCCGGGACACUUUCGGUGUAUCAGAUGUCAUUUACGACAUGAUCGCUGCCGGCCUCACUCCCGGCCCCAGGUCGUUCCAUGGGCUUGUCGUUGCUCAUGUCCUCAAUGGUGAUGUUGAAGGCGCGCUGCAAGCAUUGAGGAGGGAAUUGGGUGUGGGUGUUCGUCCUCUCCACGAAACUCUUGUUUCAAUGAUUCGUCUAUUUGGGUCGAAAGGCCUUGCAACCAGAGGUUUGGAAGUCCUUGCAGCAAUGGAAAAGUUAGACUAUGACAUUCGUCAAGCUUGGAUUAUUCUUGUUGAGGAGCUUGUAAAGGGCAAAUAUCUGGAAGAUGCCAAUGUUGUGUUUCUAAAGGGUGCUAAAGGUGGGCUUAGAGCUACAAAUGAGCUGUACGAUUUAAUGAUUGAGGAGGACUGUAAAGCUGGUGACCAUUCGAAUGCACUAGAAAUUGCCUAUGAAAUGGAAGCUGCAGGACGGAUGGCAACAACUUUUCAUUUCAAUUGUCUCCUUAGCGUGCAAGCAACAUGUGGGAUUCCCGAAAUAGCUUUUGCGACAUUUGAAAACAUGGAAUAUGGAGAAGAAUAUAUGAAACCUGACACAGAAACAUAUAAUUGGGUGAUCCAGGCAUAUACUAGAGCUGAAUCUUAUGACAGGGUGCAAGAUGUGGCUGAGUUACUUGGGAUGAUGGUUGAAGACCACAAGCGUUUGCAGCCUAAUGUGAAAACCUACGCGCUGUUAGUGGAGUGUUUUACCAAGUACUGUGUUGUAAGGGAAGCUAUUCGUCAUUUCCGUGCACUAAAGAACUAUGAAGGGGGAACAAUAGUGUUGCACAAUGAAGGAAACUUUGGCGAUCCACUUUCUUUGUAUCUUCGAGCAUUAUGUCGAGAAGGAAGAAUUGUUGAAUUGCUAGAAGCUCUAGAAGCAAUGUCCAAAGAUAACCAACCUAUUCCACCAAGAGCUAUGAUUCUAAGCAGAAAAUAUCGAACACUAGUUAGCUCUUGGAUUGAACCUCUACAAGAGGAAGCUGAACUGGGUUAUGAGAUCGAUUACAUUGGGAGGUACAUUGAGGAGGGUGGACUUACAGGUGAACGCAAGCGAUGGGUGCCUCGAAGAGGAAAAACACCUCUAGAUCCUGAUGCUGCUGGAUUUAUAUAUUCAAACCCUAUGGAAUCCUCCUUCAAGCAAAGAUGUCUAGAGGAGUGGAAGAUGCACCAUCGGAAGCUUUUGAAAACCUUGCAGAAUGAAGGACUUGCAGCUUUGGGUGAUGCAUCGGAAUCUGAUUAUAUAAGAGUUGUUGAGAAGUUGAAGAAAAUAAUAAAAGGUCCGGACCAGAAUGUUUUAAAACCCAAGGCUGCAAGUAAGAUGGUGGUAUCUGAGCUAAAGGAAGAGCUUGAAGCACAAGGUCUACCAAUCGAUGGAACGAGAAAUGUUCUUUACCAGCGUGUCCAAAAAGCAAGGAGAAUAAAUCGCUCACGUGGUCGGCCUCUUUGGGUUCCACCUGUGGAGGAGGAGGAAGAAGAGGUUGAUGAGGAAUUAGAUGAACUAAUAUCUCGGAUUAAGCUGGAAGAAGGAAAUACAGAGUUCUGGAAACGCCGGUUUCUUGGAGAAGGUUUUCAGGUUGAUCAGGUGAAGCCAAUAGAAGAGGAUGAAUCAGAAGUCGUAGAUGAUGAGCUGGAUGAGAGUGAUGUUGUAGAAGAUGCUGCAAAGGAUAUUGAAGAGGAUGAAGGAGAAGGAGAAGGUGAAGGUGAGGAAGAGGAGGAAGUAGAACAAACCGAAAGCCAAGAAGUAGACAGGAUUAAGGAUAAGGAAGUUGAAGCUAAAAAGCCUCUUCAAAUGAUUGGGGUUCAAUUGUUGAAAGACUCUGACCAAAUAACUACUAGAUCCAAAAAAUCAAGACGAAGGUCUUCUCGAGUAUCUGUUGAGGAUGAUGACGAUGAAGAUUGGUUUCCCGAGGAUAUUUUUGAAGCAUUUCAAGAGUUGAGAAAUAGAAAGGUGUUUGAUGUUGAAGACAUGUACACUAUAGCAGAUGUUUGGGGUUGGACAUGGGAGCGACAACUUAAAAAUAAACCUCCUCGACGAUGGUCACAGGAAUGGGAAGUUGAGUUGGCAAUUCAAGUAAUGCAAAAGGUUAUUGAAUUGGGUGGAACACCCACGAUUGGGGAUUGUGCUAUGAUACUGCGAGCAGCCAUUAAGGCUCCUAUGCCUUCGGCCUUCUUGAAGAUCUUGCAGAAGGCACACAGUCUCGGUCAUGUCUUUGGCAGUCCCCUCUAUGAUGAAGUAAUUUCAUUAUGUAUUGACCUCGGCGAACUAGACGCUGCCAUCGCCAUUGUUGCAGACCUUGAGACUACAGGAAUUGCGGUCCCUGAUCAAACCCUUGACAGGGUUAUUUCUGCCAGACAAACGAAUGACACUUCUGGGAACGAUGCAUCAUUGUCAUCUUCAUCACCAUCGUCAUAGCAGCAGGUGUAUAAUCCUACCUUCUUGUUGUAUAGUAGUGAUUUAUGUUAACCAAAGUUGGGUUUGUGAUGGAUAUGGAUGUAUGUAGGAUAUGAGUAUGUUCAAAUUUUUGCCAAUUUUUUCAUAUAUUAAUA